UAUGCCUGCACGAAAUACCAGCACAACCACGAAGAAGAAAGCAUCCACCAACGCUUCUAAACCUGCUAAACCAAAGCCUCAGAUUUUUGUUACUAGCGAGUCUUCUCCAGAGGAUAUUUUACAUGCCUCUUGGCGAUUUUUAAGUGCAUAUCAGUUCUUUCACACCUUUAGAACAUAUCUCAAGCUCCCUUUAACAUUUUCACUCGAGCGACUAGAAAAUGCAUUAUUACAUGGCUGCCGUAUAGACCCUUCUUUACGUGAAUCGAGCAUAUCAAGCGAAUCAAGCAUAAGUAACGAACAACCAUCAAAGAAUUUAGCAACAUAUAUGAUUUGCUUUAUAAAGCCACUGUUAACUCAACGCAGAUAUCAAUCCAUCCAUGUUCACAACUAUGAUGAGUCCAUUCAUCAUUUGUUUCCUGCAUACAAUUCAUUCUUUACACUCAACGUGGUUCAAAAGAUUGAUCUACUAAAAGCCAUCGAACAAGCUUACAUGGAAUUAAGUGAUGAAAAACUCCAGGUGCUCAAGAGCGAAGAUCUUAUACCAGAUAUGAUGCGAUUGAGUCCUAUAGGAACAGACAAGCAAGGUUGGACAUAUUGGUAUUUUGGGGACAGUCGUUUAUAUAGAGAGAUUCCUAUUCCUCAAGGCAAAAAGGGUAUUGAUAUGCUAAACCAAACUGAGUUUACUUUUCAAUUGAUCUGUUAUUCACUUGAAUCAUGGCACAAUACGAUCAGUGUAUUUCAAAAAGAAACCAACAAAGAAUUGGCUGCAAAGAUAUGUGACUUGGGACUAGAGAUCAUUAGAAAAUUGGAAGCACAGGAAGCAGCACGUCUCAAGAAUGAAGCAAAAUCAAAGAGAGCAAAAGAAUUAGAAUCAGUGCCUAGAAAAAGAAGUUCACGAUUAGAAGUGAAGUUUGACCAAGAAGCCAAAAGGCAAAAGAUAAUAGAAGAAGAAAAACAGAGAUCAGCAUUAGAGGAAAUAGAGCGCAAAAAUAAGAUAAAGCAAGAAAAGUUAACAGCCCAACAAGAAGAACGAGAGUUGCGAGUAGAAGAAGCUAGACUCAAGAAUGAUUUACAUGCUUAUUUGACAGGAUUGAUUUCAAAUGCUGAAGAAGAUCAAGUACUAAAGCUGAGAAAACUUCGAGCACCUAUCUAUUCUACUACAACAGAACAAUUACUGUUAGAGAAAAUGAAAGGUUGGAUUGAGUUAUUAGAACAUCCUAUUUCAGUUGAAUUACAAGACAACCAUGUUCAAUUCAAAGGCGAGCACCUAUCUGAAGGUAAGUAAUACUCCUUUUAUCCAUAAUUUCUUAUUGUGCUAUAUAGCACUCGAAUUCACCUUAUUCAAAAACACAUUAAGAGUCUAUCUGUCUACACUUAUAACAGACAUAGACUCAUUGUACGAUAUAUACAAAAAACUACUGUUAAAAGGAGG